AUGAGCAGCCACGUAACGUCUGGCUGUGCAGAAGGCAGUCAGGUCGUCCUCGAACGCCUCCAGGCUACUGUGAUGGCCAGCUCCGCCAAAUCGGUUGGGUCAUCCUUGCCCCCCUCUGUCGCCGAAAAGCUGACUGAAACGAAACCUACGACACAACUCCUUGCCGAGGAGCAGCAGAUUUCAAAUACCCAGAGGGUCUCAACAAGUUUAGUUUCCGGUGCCAUAGCAGGAGCGUUAGCUAAAACAACAAUAGCUCCCUUGGAUCGAACCAAAAUUAAUUUUCAAAUAUCACAGCAGCCUUAUUCAGCCAAAGCAGCUGUCAAAUUUCUUAAUAAUUCAUACAAAAAUGAUGGCCUACUGAGUCUUUGGCGAGGGAACAGCGCUACUAUGGCAAGGAUCGUACCCUAUGCAGCUAUCCAAUUUACAGCCCACGAACAAUGGAAGAGGAUACUGGGCAUUGAUAGUCCAGAAAAGAACAAAACCCUGAGCUUUCUUGCGGGUUCCUUGGCCGGGGUUACGUCGCAGGGCUUAACUUAUCCUUUGGAUCUUGCACGAGCUAGAAUGGCUGUCACGCAGAAGACUGAGUACAGAACACUCAGGCAAAUUUUUUCACGUCUUUACAGGCGAGAAGGGGUGACUGCUUUUUAUCGUGGUUUUACCCCUACAAUGUUAGGCGUCAUUCCGUAUGCUGGAUUCAGUUUCUUUACGUAUGAAACUCUGAAGCAAUUAUUAGCUGUUUAUAUAGUUGAGAGUCCUGGCUUAUCAACCAUGUCAGCACUGAUAUGCGGAGCUGUAGCUGGAAUGGUUGGCCAAACAAGCAGCUAUCCUCUUGAUAUUGUUCGUAGAAGAAUGCAAACAUCAGCUAUAAAAGGCGGAGCUUAUCAAUCAAUAACCACAACCAUAGUAAAAAUAUACACAGAAGAGGGAGCGUUUGCCUUUUUCAAAGGUCUUAGCAUGAAUUGGGUUAAGGGUCCUGUAGCUGUUGGAAUAAGUUUUGCAACUUACGACGUGAUUCGAGAUGGGCUGAGAAAUGUUUUAUCAUAAAACGAUAGUAAAAUCGUUUUAUCUGCCCUGUAAUAGCUUGCGUACAUACGUUACAUUUUAUUACAUAAGAAUUAAAAAAAAAAAGCUAAAACAUUAAUUUGUUAUGAAAAUUUAAAUAUUGAGGACAUGUGUUUAAAAAAAAAUCGUCCUUAUAAAAUCCUAAUCUCUUAUCUUAAUCAAAUUUUGUACAUAUAUAUAUUGUACAGAUAUAUGUAUAUAUAUCUGUUAGUCUUGCUACAAGUCGUUGUUAAAAGUUGUGUACAUAGUAUCCUGUAAGUGUUGAAAAAAGUAACGUUUUUUAAAAGUAUUUAUGUAUCAAAAAACGUGAUGACAGCAAUGGAACAUUUUUAUCAGUUCCUAUCGUUAUUAGCGGGUGUGAUUGUUACUCAUCUAUGUUGAUGAAGCUGUGAACUCAUGCGUCAAGACAAUAUAUCCACAGCUUCAUAGAAAUAGAGGGAGACCUUGCUGUUUAAUUUCAAAAAACGAAUGGUUGCUAGUGAAAUAUGUUUAUCAAGUGCAGAAUUGAAAAAAUAUAUAUAUAUAUAUAUUUAAA